AUGACUACUACAUCGUGGGAGUUGAUCGCUAUCGAUCACCAACAAACACGCGCCGCAGCAAUACCCUCAAAAUGGCUCCUGUCGCCGAUUCAUGUUCAAGAGCUCAAGAGGUCAACUACUCGGAUCGUUGACUUGCUGCCAGGCCUGCUGCCGAAACCGGUGGUCGAUAUCACGGCCCUGGGCGCAGCAGAGUUGGCAGCCAAGAUCAAAGAUAGGCACUACACAUGCGUGGAAGUGACCGAGGCUUUCUGCCAACGUGCAGCAGUUGCGCAGCAGCUGUCAAACUGCCUCACCGAAAUCUUUUUUGAGGAAGCUCUCGAACAAGCCCGGCAACUUGACCACGUACUCGAGGCUACAGGGAUGCCUGUUGGUCCAUUGCACGGAGUGCCAGUAUCAGUCAAGGACCAUUAUAAUGUCAAAGGUCAUCUCACUACUGCCGGAUAUAUUUCGUAUGGCGGCCAAGCAGUCAAAGACAAGGAUGCCCAUAUUGUGGAGAUUAUGCGCAAUGCAGGAGCCGUUUUGUACGUGAAAACGAACAACCCGCAGUGUAUGAUGGUUCUCGAGACGGUGAGUAAUAUAUAUGGUCGAACCCUCAACCCCUGGAACACCACUCUCGCGGCUGGAGGUUCGAGCGGCGGCGAGGCUUCGCUUAUCGCCCAGCACGGAUCGCCCCUAGGCAUUGCAUCAGACGUCGGUGGCUCCAUCAGGGUUCCAGCCGCGUUUUGUGGUCUUUACGGUUUCAAGCCGUCCGGAAAACGAGUUCCUACUUCGGGAUGGGAAUGUACAAUGGCCGGUGCAGAGUCCAUCACGGCAGUCUCGGGCCCGAUUGCUCGUAGCGUACAAGACUUGGAGCUUUUCAUGCAAGUCACGCUCGAUGCAAAACCAUGGCUGAGAGAUCCGCUCCUUGCGCUGCCAUGGCAAUCACAGACGAAGCGUCUCGAGACGAAGAAACUGACAGUCGGUGUGAUGCUUUGGGAUGAAGUGGUGACGCCGCAUCCCUAUAUCACGAGAGUUUUGAGGGCAACUGCUCAAAAGCUGAAGGAGGCCGGACAUGAAGUCUUCGAUUUUGCGCCGUAUGACCACAAGCGUGCUUGGGACGAUAUUCUGCUUCCCCUGUACUUCACCGACGGUGGCUUGGACAUUAAGCAGACCCUUGCUGCUGGAAAUGAACCAAUGCUGCCAUCCGCUGAGAGGCUCAUCUCCGAUCCAAUCGUGAAGCGGCGCUCGGUCAAUGAGGUCUGGAAGCUCCACGUGGAUCGCGAUGUAUACCGAUCGGAAUACCUGUCAAAGUGGGCGGCCACAGCCGAAGCGAGCAAGUCGGGCAUGCCGAUGGAUGUACUGCUCUGCCCCGCUGCGCCGCUCCAAGGCACGCCUCAUGAUGUUAAGCCCUGGUGGGGAUACUGCUCGCAGUGGAAUCUUUUGGAUUAUCCCAGCGGCGUGCUUCCUGCGGGAACAGUACUGAGAGAUGAUGCGUAUGCGGAGGGGUAUCAGCCCGUCAAUGAUCUCGACAGGGAGAAUGUUGAACUCUACGAUAACAGUGUUUAUCUGGGUAUGCCGGUGGCUAUCCAGGUUGUGGCUUUGACACAUCAGGAUGAAGCGCUCAUGGGCGCAAUGGCUGUAAUUGACAAAUUGAUAAAUGGCUAA